AAGAACAAUGUUUGGCGCCAGAGUCAGUUGGGGUCGAUUUUCAAAGCGAUUCAAGCCUUUCCAAACCAGAUCAUUCUGCUCCAAAUCCCACACUCCCACCAAUAACAAUGGCAACAACAAGGUUGAGUCGGAUCUGAGCAGCUACGGUGAGGCUUAUAAGCAGCUGGAUAACCUGGACUUCAUGACCGCCUCCAAGAUCCUCUUCACUGAUCCUCCCAAGAAGAAGAAAUUUGGGAUUGAUUUCCAUCUGGUGCAACUCUUCUUUGUUUGCAUGCCUUCUUUGGCUGUUUAUUUGGUGGCCCAAUAUGCUCGUUAUGAAAUGAGGAAAAUGGAAGCGGACCUGGAGCUGAAAAGGAAGAAAGAAGAAGAAGAGAAAGCUAAACAAAUGGAGUUAGAAGAGACCGAAGAAAUUCAGGAAAAGAAUCCAGAGCUACAGGAGGUAAAAAUAAGACUGGAUAAACUUGAGGAGACCAUAAAGGAAAUUGCUGUUGAAUCCAGAAAACCAUCAGGAAGUGGUACGRCAAAGAACUCUGAAAAAGAUCGAGAAGGUGGUAAAGUCAAACAUGGGGAAAACAACAUGGGGAAUGCGUCAGAAUCAAGUAAAUCUGUGGAAGACCAUCUUGGCAGACAAAAAAUAGAACUUGCUCCAGUUUUGCCCAAAGGGCGCGAGAGCGAGUCUACAUCACAAGAAAAUGGUCAGCAUCCAAACGACGGUGGAGGAUCCUCUCCAGAUGCCAAGAGAUGAAGAAAAUGCCUCUCUUAACAUGACCGAAAUAUCCUGCACAUGGUACUUUUCCUUGAUGAAGCUAGAGAAAUGGGAGAAUGUUUGCCAAGAAUCCAACUGGUUUUAGGUUUUGUUUAAUAAUAUAUUGCUGGAGGCAGUAGCCUACAUCAUAAACAAUGUAAAUGGUUAAUAGGUAAAAGGUUCAUGCCCGUUUUGUUGUGACAAUUACCUCAUGAUGAACAAUUGAUUUCUGUUUGUGUUAUGUA